AAACGCGUGCACAGACACACGAGUGGCGAGGGAGCGGGAAAGGCUAUUAGUCAGCGUGAGAGCAGCAUCGCCAAGUGUGAAGGAUGACAGGCGAAGCCGCAACCACACCUCUUCCAGUUCCCCCUGUACUGUGGGCACAGCGCAAGAAUGUAGUCUAUGUCAAAGUGGCCCUGGAGGACUGUAAAAACCCAACCAUAAACUUGACUGCAGACUCGUUACACUUCAAAGGAACCGGAGGAGUAGAAUCCAAGCCGCACGAAGUGAUGCUUAGGUUUCUGCAUCCUAUCAAGCCAGAAGACAGCCGUUAUGUGGUGCGGCCGCGGGGAGCCGAAUUCGUGCUGGCCAAGGCAGAAGAAGGUCCCUUCUGGAAGCGGCUGCUCCAGGAUGAUGUCAAGCAUCACUGGCUAAAAGUGGACUUCAAUAAAUGGGUCGAUGAGGACGACUCUGGUGACGAGCUGGGUGCAGGUGGGGGUGAUUUCGAGGAGAUGAUGCGCUCCAUGGGUGGCCUUGGUGAUGAUGACACACCAGACAUGGAGCAGACGGGGGACAGCGAUGAUGAAGAAAUUCCAGACCUGGAGAGCAGCAGCAGCAACAACAAAGAGUGAGGUCGGCCCCCAGCCUGUCGCCAGUGGCAGUUCCCGCGUGUACAGACAGCGCCAACAUCGGCCCCCUCCAUCUAACCGUUCCCCCCCCCCCCCCCCCCCUGUUCAUUUUGUUUUGCUACAGCCCACCAAUAAAGGCACCACCACACCCAUAA